AUGUCUACUACUGUACCCAAUUCCGACUAUACUGAUUCGCUUGAUCAGCAACAGUACCAACAAUAUCAGCAGCAGAUUCAUCAAUUUCAACAGCAACAGCCGUCCCAGCAGCAGCAGCAGCUACAGCAACAGCAGCUACAGCAACAGCAACUACAGCAACAGCAACAACGACAACAGCAGCAACGGCAACAACAACAACAGCAGCAGCAGCAGCAAGCAUAUCAAGGCUACUACUCACAACAGAUUCCUCCUUCUUACAUUGAUCCCAAUGCUGGUGUAGCAGGAAUGUAUGCGUCUCUGGACCAGAAUACGCUGAUAGGGGCUCCAGUGACCAUUCCCGGUGCAGUUGGACGGCCUCAGGGCUCCACAUCUUCCGGUGUGCAGAAUAUAGCUGAUAUUUCUGGUGUUCCAGUUCCUGGGGUCCCUGGGGUCCCUGUGGUUCCUGUUGUUCCCGGGGUUUCAGGGGUCCCUGGGGUCCCUGGGGUUCCUGGAGUGCCUGGGGUGCCUCGGGUGCCUGGGGUGCCUGGAGCUCCUGGAGCUCCUGGAGCUCCUGGAGUUAUUGGGGUCCCUGGGGUUCCACGAGUUUCAGCUAUUCAGGGGGUUCCGGAUGUCGGCCCUGCCGUUUCUGGCCCAUCUGCUGCUGCCGCGCAAGACCAACCCUAUUAUGUCAACGCCAAGCAGUAUCAUAGAAUCCUUAAAAGGAGAAUUGCGAGAGCUAAGUUAGAGGAAAACCUUAAGAUCCAGAAAGGUCGCAAACCCUAUCUUCAUGAAUCAAGACAUAAGCAUGCUAUGAGAAGACCCCGUGGCCAAGGUGGCCGUUUUCUUACUGCAGUUGAAAUUGCCGAGCGUGAAAAGCAGACUCAUAUUGAUGAAAUGAAUGAGAAGAAAACUACCGAGUCAAAGACAUCUCCGAACGCGGAUUCCUUCGAUUCUUCUAAUGAGCAGAAUCUGCCCAUUACCUCUGAUGAUAGAUCCAGGAGUCACACGGACUUGUCAAAUGCCGACGAUUCCGUCGAUUCAAAGGCUGCUCCUUCUACUGCUAGUCCUGAGAAAUCUCCAGAAAAACAAUCGGAAGCUCGUUCUACUUCCAUUGAACCCUCUUCCAAUGAAUCCGUUUCUUCUCCCUCUGAAGACCACGUGCAUUCAUCCGACUAG